CAUGGUGUGAGGGCACUGAUUGAGGCGGCCGGCCCGGCGCGGCGCGGUUCGGUUCGGUUCAUUUCGGCUCGGCUCGUUUCGACCCGACUCGACUCGGUUCCACUCGACUCGACUCCACUCGGCACCGUUCGGCUCGGCUCGGCGAGGCCCGGCAGCAUGUCGGGGCCGAGCGCUGUGUCGGACCCUCAGCACCCGGCGCGGCUGCUGCGGGCCCUCAGCUCUUUCCGUGAGGAGAGCCGGUUCUGUGACGCGCACCUGGUGCUGGAGGGGAAGGAGAUCCCGGUGCAGAAGAACAUCCUGGCAGCCGCCAGCCCAUACAUCAGAACAAAAUUGAAUUAUAAUCCUCCAAAGGAUGAUGGCUCAACGUACAAAAUUGAACUGGAAGGGAUAUCUGUUGAUAUCAUGAAAGAGAUACUAGAUUACAUCUUCAGUGGGCAGAUCAGGCUAAAUGAAGAAACUAUCCAAGAUGUGGUACAGGCAGCUGAUCUCCUGCUGCUUACAGACUUAAAAACUCUCUGCUGUGAGUUUUUAGAAGGUUGCAUAGCUGCUGAGAACUGUAUUGGUAUUCGGGACUUUGCACUGCACUAUUGUUUGCAUCAUGUUCACUACCUUGCCUCAGAGUAUCUGGAAACUCACUUUCGAGAUGUCAGCAGCACAGAGGAAUUCUUGGAACUGACUCCUCAGAAACUGAAAGAAGUGCUGUCGAUGGAAAAGCUCAAUGUUGGAAAUGAAAAAUACGUCUUUGAAGCGGUGAUUAGGUGGAUUUCUCAUGAUUCAGACUCAAGAAAGGUUCACAUGAAGGAUGUCAUGUCAGCAGUGUGGGUUUCAGGCUUAGAUGCAGGCUAUUUACGUGAGCAGAUGAUGAGUGAACCACUGGUACGGGAGAUUGUCAAAGAAUGCAACAAUAUUCCCCUGACACCACCCCAGCAGGGAGAGGCCAUGCUGGCCUCCUUCAAGCCCCGGGGCUACUCAGAGUGUAUAGUGACUGUUGGUGGAGAAGAACGAGUAUCACGGAAACCAACCUCAGUGAUGCGCUGUAUGUGUCCUCUUUAUGACCCCAAUAGACAGCUCUGGAUUGAACUUGCUCCUAUGAGUAUUCCAAGGAUCAAUCAUGGAGUGUUGUCAGCAGAAGGAUUUUUAUUUGUGCUUGGUGGUCAGGAUGAAAACAAGGGAACACUAAACUCUGGAGAGAAAUACGAUCCAGAUACCAAUUCAUGGAGUUCCUUACCACCAAUGAAUGAGGCACGACAUAAUUUUGGUGUAGUAGAGAUAGAUGGAAUUCUGUAUAUUCUGGGAGGUGAGGAUGGUGAAAAGGAGCUCAUCUCUAUGGAGAGCUAUGAUAUUUAUAGUCGAACCUGGACCAAGCAGCCAGACUUGACCAUGGUUAGAAAGAUUGGCUGCUAUGCAGCUAUGAAGAAGAAAAUCUAUGCAAUGGGUGGAGGCUCCUAUGGGAAACUCUUUGAGUCUGUUGAGUGUUAUGACCCAAGGACUCAGCAGUGGACAGCAAUCUGUCCUCUGAAAGAGAGAAGGUUUGGGGCAGUGGCCUGUGGAGUUGCCUCAGAGCUUUACGUAUUUGGUGGGGUCAGAAGUCGUGACGACAGCCAAGCCAGUGAGAUGGUGACAUGCAAAUCUGAAUUUUACCAUGAUGAAUUUAAAAGGUGGAUUUAUCUAAAUGACCAGAAUCUAUGUAUCCCAACUAGCUCUUCCUUUGUGUAUGGAGCUGUGCCCAUUGGAGCCAGCAUAUAUGUGAUUGGAGAUCUCGAUACAGGUACAAAUUAUGACUAUGUCAGAGAAUUUAAAAGGAGCACGGGGACCUGGCAGCGCACUAAACCCCUCUUCCCCUCCGACCUCCGCCGCACGGGCUGCGCGGCUCUGCGGAUCGCCAACUGCAAACUCUUCCGCCUGCAGCUCCAGCAGGGGCUGUUCCGCAUCCGAGUCCCUUCCCCCUGACCCCUGUUGCUGAGAGUGGAGGAGAAUGGAAGAAUUCUGCACAGUCCACCAUAAUAUAGCUCUCUAUAUAAAGGAAAAGCUGAGAAAUUACAGCUGAAACUUACACUGUAUGCUGUGCUUUGGUAUGGUAACUGUUUUUGUUUUAAAUGCUUCAAAAAGCUUGAGUCUCAGUUCUUGUUUCGGGAACAAAUAACUUAAGUAUACAUUAAAAAGAAGAGAGGGGAGGGAAAUAAGAGGGGGGAUCAAGAAAACACCUUCAGUCGUAACCAAUUGGGGUUUAAACUGUGUCGUUGAAGGAGGUUUUUUUUAUGUCUGGAACUGGCAGGAAUUGGUAUUCCUUAGGCGAAGUUUAUCAAAAAGCAACAAAGAUUUAAGAUGUGUUUCCCCUGAGGGGAACUGAUAAGAAUAAAUGUGCUAUCUUGGACUGGAUAGCUCUAAUAUACAGAAGCUAUAUGAUAACCAACCUCCCUGCUAUACCACAGAGACUACUGUUUGACCGUAAAGCCGUAGGAGAUGUUGGUUGGUGCACCUUUUAUUUCUAGUCCUUCCUCAAAAAUUAAGGUCUGUGCCUAAAAAUGGUGGAGGUGCGUGCACACGGUUUUUUCAUUCAUUUGCAAUGUUUUCAUUCCUACAAAUAUUUUUAAUCUAUUUAAAAUGGACUAAUCUGAAAGGGAUACAGUAUCCUCCAGAGAAGUAAACCGUGUUUUUCUGCGCUGUCGUUGGAGUCGGCUGAGGAACUGGUGCACAGAUGGGUGGUGUGAGUUUCUGAGGGGGCUUUUGUGGCUGUUUCCUUGAAAUAAAAAGGGAAGCAGUGUUUGGAAUGGUUCAUGGUGAUUGCUGCUUGUGGUGAGACAACAGAACUUGACAAAUUAAAGCAAAGAGGUUGUGUUCCGUUUUACUUCAGAUCGCUCACAAACUAAGACCGUUUUUAAAACUGAGGAUAAUGGAAAGGUGCAUUUUAUCUCUGUUAGAACAAAGAUGACAUAUGACAAGGAUAUAUUAAUUUUGCAGAAAAGGUGAUUUUUGCUAAGAUUAAAGGAAAAUUUGUAUAGUGUCUUUAAAUUGGGAUCAAAAGUUGGUUUACUAAUGAAUUCUGUGCUAAGGUACAGUCUUGUUUACUGCUUUCUGAAAGCUGGGUUUUAUGGUGUGGUUAUAGUGAAGAAAUCAGUAUCUUGCAUUUUAUUUUUUACUAAGUCUUGUUCACAUCAGUAGUGAUAUUUAAUUUACUUUUGUUCAUAGUCAAGAUCAGCGGGUAGAACAAUUUUACCUCAGUUUUUUAUUUCAUUAUUGUUGUGAUGGGUGGGACGUAACCUGUAUUUAUUUAAAAGGAAUAAAAUGAGAGAGAUGGAAAUAGAAAUAAGACCUCCUGCCCUUCAGAAAAAGAGAUUUUGUGUAACCAGUAUUAUAACUACAUACAGUACUUUCCACUGCAGCUUUGUGGACCUCAGACAAGGCAAUCUCUGCCCUGUGUUAGAGUAAACCUUCCUCAUCUUUAUUGAAUUAUUUGAGAUAUGCUGAAAUACAAUCCCAAACUAGUACAAAAUAGUCUUAUUUCACUGAAUAUUCUUGAAGAGACAGUCUGAAACUUACUUCUGCUCAGACCUUCCAUAGCUCUGAUAUGGUUGGAAUUGUUCUGACUCUGAGCAAAGGGGCGGGGGAAAUAAAAGGUGGGCAGCAGCCAAUCCAUUGACCAUUAUUUAUUUUUUGUAUUUUUUUACAGUGCUGAAGUGCUGCAAAACUUGAACU